AAAAAUGACAUAAAGUUCCUCAAUCUUUGGAGAAAGAUGAUGAUUCUUACAGAAAAAACUAAUAAUACCUUCCUAAAUUACUUUGUCCUGUUCGUUUGGGGUAUUUUGUUGAUGGAGGUUGGUUUAGGACAAAACCAAAUACGUGAAAUCAAAGUAGGAGUAGUUCUUGAUCUCCAAACCAACUUUUCCAAGAUCUGCCUCACUGCCAUUAACUUGUCCUUGUCCGAUUUCUACAAGAAUUAUUCUAAUUACAGCACAAGACUUGUGCUUCAUGUCAGAGAUUCCAUGGAAGAUACUGUUCAAGCUUCAGCCGCAGCCUUGGACCUAAUCAAGAACGAGCAAGUGAGCGCCAUCAUCGGACCAAGAAACUCUAUGCAAGCAGAGUUUAUGAUCAGACUGGCCAACAAAACUCAAGUACCAACCAUCACAUUCUCUGCAACAAGUCCUCUUUUAACAUCCAUCAAAAGUGAUUACUUCGUUCGAGCCACUAUCGAUGACUCAUACCAGGUCAAAGCCAUUGCAGCCAUUUUUGAAUCCUUCGGAUGGAGAAGUGUCGUCGCAAUUUAUGUGGACAACGAGUUAGGUGAAGGAAUCAUGCCUUACUUGUUUGACGCUUUACAAGACGUGCAAGUCGAUAGAAGUGUGAUCUCCCCGGAGGCUAACAAUGAUCAAAUUGAAAACAAGCUUUAUAAGCUCAUGACGAUGCAGACAAGGGUAUUCAUUGUCCACAUGGCCUCAAGUCUUGGAUUCCGAGUUAUACAGAAAGCUAGAAAGAUCGGGAUGAUGGAGGAAGGAUAUGUAUGGUUACUGACCAAUGGAAUGACGAAUAUGAUGAGACAUAACGACCAUGGUCGUAGCUUGGAGGGUAUGCAUGGCGUGUUAGGGUUGAGGAGCCAUGUCCCAAAAACAAAAGAGCUCAAAGAUUUUGGCUUGCGAUGGAAGAAAAAGUUCGAAAAGGAGAAUCCAAUGAUGGGGAAUGAUACAGAGCCAAAUGUUUUCGCGCUAUGGGCAUAUGAUUCAAUCACUGCAUUGGCUAUGGCUGUUGAGAAAGCAACCACAAAGAGCGUGCGGUAUGAUAAUCCAAUCGCAUUAGAAAAUAGCAGGACAGAUUUGGGGACCCUAGGGGUCUCUCGCUACGGUCCAAGUCUUUUAAAGGCUCUCUCGGAUAUAAGGUUCAAUGGUUUAGCUGGAGAGUUUAACCUUAUUGACGGGCAGCUUGAGUUAUCAAAGUUUGAAAUCAUCAACUUUGUAAGAAAUGAAGAGAGGGUUAUCGGAUUUUGGACACCGAGCAAUGGACUUGUGAAUGCAAAAUCAAACAAAACAAUAUUGUUUUCAUCAAAGGAGAUGUUUGUGUCAGUGAUUUGGCCUGGAAAUUCGACAGUUGUUCCUAAAGGUUGGGAGAUUCCAACGAAAGGGAAGAAACUAAGAGUGGGCGUUCCAGUGAAGAGAGGCUUCUUAAAUUUUGUGGACGUAAAAAAAUAUUCUACCACAAACGCAGUGACCCCGACUGGUUUCUCUAUUGACGUCUUCAAAGCUGCCCUUAAAGAGUUGCCUUACUCAGUCAUUCCUCAAUACUUUGCUUUCGGUUCUCGAGAUCAGAGCUAUAACACUAUGGUCGAACAAGUCUAUAAUGGGAGGUACGACGCAGUUGUGGGAGAUGUAACCAUCAUAGCAAAUAGGUCAUUGUAUGUUGAUUUCACGUUACCGUAUACGGAAUCUGGAGUAUUUAUGUUAGUGCCGAUGAAAGACAGUAAGAACAAGAACACAUGGGUGUUCCUCAAACCUUGGAGCUUAGACCUAUGGGUCACUACUGCUUGCUUUUUUGUCUACAUUGGAUUUAUUGUGUGGAUUUUAGAACACAGAGUCAACACCGACUUCCGUGGACCACCUCACCACCAGAUCGGCACCAGUUUCUGGUUCUCCUUCUCCACUAUGAACUUUGCCCAUCGAGAGAAGGUGGUGAGCAAUUUAGCGAGGUUUGUGGUGAUUGUGUGGUGCUUUGUGGUGCUUGUGCUCACUCAAAGCUACACAGCGAAUCUCACCUCUUUCCUUACAGUACAACGGUUCGAACCAGACGUCAUAACUAUGAAAGAUCUCAUAAAAAAUGGGGAGAACGUAGGGUACCAACUCGGCUCAUUUGUGCAUGAACUUUUAAAAAGUCAAGGAUUUCUUGAAUCUCAGCUCAAGCCUUAUAAUACUUCUGAGCAAUGUGACGAGCUUUUGUCCAAUGGGACAUCAAAAGGCGGUAUUGCAGCAGCUUUCGACGAAGUGGCCUACCUUAAAGUUAUCCUUUUUCAGUUUUGCUCUAAAUACGCCGUGGUUGAACCUUCUUUUAAGACUGCUGGUUUUGGCUUUGUAUUCCCAAAGAAUUCGCCUUUGACGGGCGAUGUCUCAAGGGCGAUCUUGAAUGUGACUCAAAGCGAAGAAAUGAAACAAAUCGAAAAUAAUUGGUUCAGGAAUCAGAGUUGUCCUGACACAGACAACACUUUGUCGUCCCACCGUCUCAACCUUAGUAGCUUCUGGGGUCUAUUUUUAAUAGCAGGCCUUGCUUCAUUUCUGGCACUUCUCGUCUUCAUAGCCAACUUCUUGUACGAACAUAGGCAUACGCUACAUGAGGAGUCAGAAAUUUCCUUUUCCAGAAAACUAACAUUUUUGCUUAGAAACUUUGAUGAAAAAGACAGAAAAUCGCAUAUGUUCAAGGAGAGGGCAAUUCAUAAUGUUGGUUUAGGACAAAACCAAACAACUGAAAUCAAAGUAGGAGUAGUGCUUGAUCUCCAAACUUCAUUUUCCAAGAUCUGCCUCACUUCCAUUAACAUAUCGUUGUCCGAUUUCUACAAAUAUCAUGCUGAUUACACCACAAGACUUGCAAUUCACAUCAGAGAUUCCAUGGAAGAUGUUGUCCAGGCCUCAUCUGCAGCCUUGGACCUAAUCAAGAAUGAGCAAGUGAGCGCCAUCAUCGGGCCAAGAACCUCUAUGCAAGCCGAGUUCAUGAUCAGACUCGCCGAUAAAUCUCAAGUACCGACCAUCACAUUCUCUACAACCAGCCCUCUUAUGACAUCCAUCAACAGCCCUUACUUCGUCCGAACUACUUUCGAUGACUCAUCCCAGGUCAAAGCCAUUGCGGCCAUUGUCAAAUCCUUCGGGUGGAGAAACGUUGUUGCCAUUUAUGUGGACAACGAAUUCGGAGAAGGAAUAAUUCCCUACUUAACUGACGCUUUACAAGACGUGCAAGCUCUUGUAGUCAAUAGAUGUUUGAUCCCUCAAGAAGCUAAUGAUGAUCAGAUUCUCAAGGAGCUUUAUAAGCUUAUGACAAUGCAGACGAGGGUAUUCGUUGUCCACAUGCCACCAACUCUCGGAUUUCGGCUUUUUCAGAAAGCUAGAGAGAUUGGUAUGAUGAAGGAAGGAUAUGCAUGGUUAUUGACAGAUGGAGUGAUGAAUUUGGUGAAAUCUAAUGAACGCGGUAGCAGCUUGGAGAAUAUGCAAGGGGUGUUGGGUGUAAGGAGCCAUAUCCCCAAAUCGAAGGAGCGAGAAGAUUUCAGAUUGAGAUGGAAGAAAAGGUUUGAUAAGAAGGGGAAUGAUGAAGAGCUGAACAUUUUUGCAUUAAGGGCAUAUGAUUCGAUCACUGCUUUGGCCAUGGCCGUAGAGAAAACCAGUAUAAAGAGCUUGCGGUAUGAGCAUCCGAUCGCUUCUAGAAAUAAUAAGACAGAUCUAGCGACCUUCGGGGUCUCUCGCUACGGUCCAAGUCUUCUAAAGGCUCUUUCGAAUGUAAGAUUCAAAGGUUUAGCCGGAGAUUUUGAACUCAUUAACGGGCAGCUCAAAUCAUCAGUGUUUGAGGUCAUCAAUAUCAUUGGAAAUGAAGAGAGAAUUAUCGGAUUCUGGAGACCAAGCAAUGGACUUGUGAAUGCAAAGUCAAAAAACACUAGGUCGUUUUCAGGGGAGAGGUUUGGGCCGGUGAUAUGGCCCGGUAAGUCGAGAGUUAUUCCGAAAGGUUGGGAGAUUCCAACAAACGGGAAGAUGCUUAGAGUGGGCAUUCCAGUGAAGAAAGGCUUCUUAAAUUUUGUGGAUGCAAAGACAGAUCCAAUCAGUAACGCAAUGACCCCAACGGGUUACUGCAUUGACGUCUUCGAAGCUGUUCUUAAAAAGUUGCCUUACUCAGUCAUUCCUAAAUAUAUUGCUUUCUUGUCUCCAGAUGAGAACUACGACGAAAUGGUAUACCAAGUCUACAACGGGACGUACGAUGCAGUUGUAGGAGAUGUAACCAUCAGAGCGAACAGGUCAUUGUAUGUCGAUUUCACGCUACCGUACUCAGAGUCUGGAGUGUCUAUGAUGGUCCCUCUCAAAGACAACAAGAACAAGAAUACAUGGGUGUUCCUCAAACCUUGGAGCUUAGACCUAUGGGUCACCACCGCUUGCUUUUUCGUAUUCAUUGGGUUUGUUGUGUGGAUUUUAGAACACAGAGUCAACACCGACUUUCGUGGACCGCCUCACCAUCAGAUAGGCACCAGUUUCUGGUUUGCUUUCUCCACUAUGAACUUUGCCCACCGUGAGAAGGUGGUGAGCAACUUAGCGAGGUUUGUGGUGUUGGUGUGGUGCUUCGUGGUGCUUGUGCUUAUUCAGAGCUAUACAGCGAAUCUCACCUCUUUCCUCACAGUACAACGGUUCCAACCAGCGGUCACAAAUUGGAAAGAUCUCAUAAAAAAUAACAAAUAUAUUGGGUACCAACAAGGCACUUUCGUGCGUGAACUUUUGAUAAGUCAAGGAUUUCAUGAGUCACACCUCAAACCUUUUGGUUCUGCCGAAGAAUGUGACGAGCUUUUUUCCAAUGGGACAAUCACAGCAUCUUUCGACGAAGUGGCCUACAUUAAAGUUAUCCUUUCUGAGAACUGCUCCAAAUAUGCCAUGGUUGAACCUUCCUUUAAGACUGCUGGUUUCGGCUUUGCAUUCCCCAAGAAUUCACCUUUGACAGAUGAUGUCUCAAGGGCCAUCUUGAAUGUGACUCAAGGCGAAGAAAUGCAACAUAUUGAGAAUAAAUGGUUCAAGAAACAAAGUAAUUGUCCUGAUCUAAACACUACUCUUUCGUCCAAUCAUCUCAGCCUUAGUAGCUUCUGGGGUCUGUUUCUAAUAGCAGGCAUCGCUUCAUUCUUGGCACUUCUCAUCUUCGUGGCCAACUUCUUGUACGAACACAAGCAAACACUCUUUGAUGACUCCGAAAAUUCCUUCCGUGGAAAGCUAAAUUUUUUGGUUAGAAUCUUUGAUGAGAAAGACAUAAAGUCGCAUAUGUUCAAGGAGAGUGCCGUUCAUAAUGUGAGUUCACCUAUUACUCAAGGAAGUUCAAGCCCUUUGACCGAUCAUAGCACUCCAUUGCCACUAAGUCCGGCACAAAAUAGGGAUCAGUUUGAGCCAAGAAGAGUGUCUUCCAUCUCGAGCGGAGAUCUUUUCACGGAACAAGUUGAAGAUGAGGAAUCUGCUAUUAUUCAAUAGGUUGGUUUAGGACAAAACCAAAUAAGUGAAAUCAAAGUAGGAGUAGUUCUUGAUCUCAAUACAACAUUUUCCAAGAUCUGCCUCACUUCUAUGAACAUGGCGUUGUCUGAUUUCUAUAAAGACCAUCCUAAUUACCGCACAAGACUUGCGCUUCACGUCAGAGAUUCCAUGAAAGACACUGUUCAGGCUUCAGCUGCAGCCUUGGACCUAAUCAAGAACGAGCAAGUGAGCGCCAUCAUAGGACCAAGAAACUCUAUGCAAGCAGAGUUUAUGAUCAGACUGGCCAACAAAACUCAAGUACCAACCAUCACAUUCUCUGCAACAAGUCCUCUUUUAACAUCCAUCAAAAGUGAUUACUUCGUUCGAGCCACUAUCGAUGACUCAUACCAGGUCAAAGCCAUUGCAGCCAUUUUUGAAUCCUUCGGAUGGAGAAGUGUCGUCGCAAUUUAUGUGGACAACGAGUUAGGUGAAGGAAUCAUGCCUUACUUGUUUGACGCUUUACAAGACGUGCAAGUCGAUAGAAGUGUGAUCUCCCCGGAGGCUAACGAUGACCAGAUUCUAAAAGAACUUUAUAAGCUCAUGACGAGGCAGACUAGGGUUUUCGUUGUCCACAUGGCCUCACGUCUUGCUUCAAGGAUUUUUGAGAAAGCUAGAGAGAUCGGGAUGAUGGAGGAAGGGUAUGUAUGGUUAAUGACCAAUGGAAUGUCGCAUAUGAUGAGACAUAUCAACCAUGGUCGUAGCUUAAAUACUAUAGAGGGCGUGAUAGGUGUGAGGAGCCAUGUCCCCAAAUCGAAAGAGCUCGAAGAUUUCCGUUUGAGAUGGAAAAGAAAGUUCGAGAAGGAGAAUCCGUCGAUAAGGGCGGAUCUAAACGUUUUCGGAUUACGGGCUUUUGAUUCAGCAACUGCAUUGGCCAUGGCCGUGGAGAAAACCAACAUAAGAAGCUUUCCGUACGAUAAUACAAGUGGCUCGUCAAAUAACAUGACAGAUUUGGGGAACCUAGGGGUCUCUCGCUUCGGUAGAAGUCUUGUAAAUGCUCUCUCGGAAAUAAGAUUCAAUGGUUUGGCAGGAGAGUUUAAACUCAUAGACAGGCAGCUCGAGUCACCAAAGUUUGAGAUCAUAAAUUUUGUAGGAAAUGAAGAGAGGAUUAUUGGAUUUUGGACACCGAGCAAUGGACUUGUGAAUGCAAAUUCAAACAAAACAACUUCAUUUACAGGGGAGAGGUUUGGUCCGUUGAUAUGGCCAGGGAAGUCGACUAUUGUUCCUAAAGGAUGGGAGAUUCCAACUAAUGGUAAGAAGAUUAAAGUGGGCGUUCCAGUAAAGAAAGGCUUCUUCAAUUUUGUGGAGGUAAUCACAGAUCCUAUCACUAACAUAACAACUCCAAAGGGUUACGCCAUAGACAUCUUUGAAGCUGCUCUUAAGAAGUUGCCAUAUUCAGUCAUUCCACAAUACUACCGUUUCGAGUCUCCCGAUGAUCACUACGAUGACUUGGUCUACAAGCUCGACAACGGGACUUUGGAUGCAGUUGUUGGAGAUGUAACUAUCACAGCGUACAGGUCUUUGUAUGCUGACUUCACGUUACCGUACACAGAGUCAGGAGUGUCUAUGAUGGUGCCGGUGAGAGACAAUGAGAAUAAGAACACUUGGGUGUUCCUCAAACCUUGGACCUUAGAAUUAUGGGUCACAACUGGUUGUUUCUUCGUCCUCAUUGGUUUUGUUGUGUGGUUGUUCGAACAUAGAGUCAACACAGACUUCCGUGGACCGCCUCACCACCAGAUAGGCACUAGUUUUUGGUUCUCUUUCUCCACCAUGGUUUUUGCCCACCGUGAGAAGGUAGUGAGCAACUUAGCAAGGUUUGUGGUGGUUGUGUGGUGCUUUGUGGUGCUUGUGCUCACUCAGAGCUACACAGCAAAUCUCACCUCUUUCUUGACGGUACAACGUUUCCAACCAGGGGCCACAACUAUGAAAGAUCUCAUAAAAAAUGGGGACUAUGUAGGCUACCAACACGGGGCUUUCGUUAAAGAUAUUCUAAGAAAUGAGGGAUUUAAUGAUUCUCAGCUCAAGCCUUUUGGUUCUUCCGAAGAAUGCGACGCGCUUUUGGCCAAUGGCAGUAUUUCAGCAGCUUUCGACGAAGUUGCCUACCUUAAGGCUAUCCUUUCUCAAUACUGCUCCAAAUAUGCCAUGGUUGAACCUACAUUUAAGACUGCUGGUUUUGGCUUUGCAUUCCCCAAGAAUUCUCCUUUGACAGGAGAUGUCUCAAGGGCUAUCUUAAAUGUGACUCAAGGAGAUGAAAUGCGACACAUCGAGAACAAAUGGUUCAUGAAACAGAAUGAUUGUCCUGAUCCAAAGACCGCUCUUUCGUCUAACCGUCUAAGCCUUAGUAGCUUUUGGGGUCUAUUUCUAAUAGCAGGCAUUGCUUCAUUCUUGGCACUACUCAUCUUCGUGUCCCUUUUCUUGUACGAAAAUAGGCAUACAUUAUGUGAGGAUUCUGAAGAUUCGAUAUGGGGUAAGCUAACGUCUUUAUUCAGAAACUUCGAUGAGAAAGACAUAAAGUCGCAUACUUUCAAGACCAGCGCUGUUCAUAAUGUGAGUUCACCUAUGACUCACUACACCCCGAGCCCUUCAACUGUGCAAAUCGGACCAUGGCCACAAAGCCCAUCACAAAACAGAGGGUUUGAACUAAGAAGAGUGUCUUUUACCCCGAACGAAGAACGCUUAACUACGCAAACUAUGCAUCAUGGAGAUGAAGAAUCUGAUAUUGGAUUCAAAGAAGCUUACGCUCGUGCUAAAUCGGCGAAAUCUCCGACGAAUCCACAAGCUUUGUUUAUUGAGGAAAGAUCAUGUGUUUGGAGCUAUGUCGAUCUAAGAUUUUUAGAUGAUGAAGACGAAGUUUGCAUCUGCGAGGAACUUGACGAUUUGGUACUUGGAGAACUUGAGGCUGAAGAAGGCACUAGAAUGGACAUCUCAGUUUCUGUGCCACCAAAACCUCAUCCUUCAGUUGGAACUUCUUCUAUCUCUGCUGCACAUGAAAACCAGAAGGAACCUCAUCUUUCAGUUGGAACUUCUUUUAUCUCUGCUGCAUAUGAAAACCAGAAGGAACCUCAUCCAUCAGUCGGAAUUUCUUCCAUCUCUGUAACAUAUAGUGAUACAUGUUCAACGGCUGAAAAGGGAAUAGGCAAUAAGUCAUUGGAUUUGCUUCCUGCUCCAGAUCGUAGUCCGAUUCCUAUAGGCGGUGUACAUUCAACACAGAUGAUAAAUGUACUUGGAGGAUGCGUGCAAUGAGGGUAGACUCUUCUGAUUUCUUUGUGGUGAAAAGUAUUGUCAUGAGCACACAUGUGACACUACACACAGAAAUGAAAAUCAUAGGCAAGCUACUGCGAAGUUAUAAAAUCUCUUUUUAUGU